UUUUUUUAAGUCAAGAAGUACAAAGGUUAAAACAAAGUGAAAUACUAUUACAACACAUAACUUCUAAUGGCGAAAAAGGAAUAAUACAAGAUCUCAACACACCUAGUUUACAAAGGAAAAAUAAAGGCCCUAAAGAUGAAAAUCACAAGCAUCUUAAUCUUGCUUUGGGAACUCUCACUAUUAGCAACAGGCCUAAGCUGUACUUUUAAAAUAGAUGGCAGUCAAAACUUCACCGCAAAGAACUAUACUUCAGUUCCACAAAAUAUAAAUAAAAAUGUUACUCUACUUGAUCUCAGUUAUAACCAGAUCACUCUGAACAGUACAGACAUAAGUAUUCUUCAAGCAUACGUUUUACUAACUGAACUUAAUCUGAACAACAACAAAAUUGUCUCCCUACGUAAUAAAAGUUUUGGUAGUCUUUCCAAUCUGGAAAUUUUAAGUAUUAGCAGCAACUCCAUCAUUACAAUUGAACAGAAUGCCUUUGUAGGAUUAGGUAAAUUAAAACAACUGUGUCUCUUUCAAAACAAAAUCUCUCAAAUGAAUCCUUAUACCUUUGUACCCCUAAAAAGUCUGAUUGCUUUGAAUUUGCAAGAUAAUAUGAUAAAUUACUUUGAUGUUCCAAGACAAUUUCAACUGAAAAAAAUAAAUCUACAUGGAAAUCCAUGGAACUGCUCUUGUGGUCUACAUAAUUUACAGAACUGGUUGAAUACCUCAAAAGUAAUGCUAGAAAAUGAAAAUAUCACAAUGUGUAGCUCUCCAGAUGCCCUAAAGAACUACAGCAUCAAAGUAGCAUCUUACAACAGAUGUCAUUCAAAAUCACCCUUAACUCAAUUUUCUAAUAUUAAUUUCAAGUCUUCUGCUAAUCCAACAUUUUUUCUUUAUUUUAAUGAUACUUCAGACAAUAAAACAAAAAAUGCAGAAGCUGAGUCUUCGGGUAAAAGCUGGGCCCUCCUUGUCGGUGUUGUAGUUGUGGUCACGGUAACUUCAAUGCUGAUUUUUAUUGCUAUCAGAUGCCCAACAUGGUAUAACUUUUUUUUUAGCUACAAUCAUCGUCGGCUAGAUGAACAAGACACUGAUAAAUUUGAAGGAGAUUUUACUGUCUACCCCAAUUCUCUCCCACAAACACCAGAUACAAACCCAGAUGAUAGUAUAGUGAUAUUUGAUCAAUUAAGUUCAUUCAUGGUGGAUGAAGAUGGAUUUAUUGAAGACAAAUAUAUAGAUACUCAAGAAAUGCGAGAAGAAAAUUAAUUUUCUUCAAAAUUUGAUACUUCGUGAAUGGACUGACAUCUUUUUUAGUUUAAUAAGCAGAGAUUUUAUUGUGCAUCAAAUAUCAAACCACAGCUAAAUCUUCGAUAUUUGUUACAAUACACACACAUACUCCCAUCCCUCACAAAUACUUAAUGGCCAUUAUGCAAUGUUUAAAACAAAGUUUUUAAGAAGCAGACAAACCCAGUAAUAAA